AGAAACUGUCAAGCAUAGUAUUUUUUCCACCACUGAAAACUAUAAUAGCUCCUGUAGUCAUACCUCUGAGAUCUUGUGCAGGAGUGAAUGAUUGUGCACUGUGCUGUUUAAUCCUCGUUGGGAUUAGGUAAAGCCUUGACCACACUGGAAAUGGGUUCAAAAUGCCAUGGCAACGACAAGAAUGGAGGGGGAGAAGAACAUGAAUGGUGAACAGUGCACUGGCUUCUUGUGCUGCAUUGAAUGCGAUGCUCAUUUGUAUAAGAUUUGUAUUCUGUUGGUGUUAGUGGCUCUCCUCUCCGCCUGUUGGGUACACUAACGCGCUGUCCAUGAGCGCGUCACGAGACUCUGUGGACGGAGGUUAUUUUUAGGCUCGGGGGGGUAGCGGCGUUGGAUGAUUCCUCUGAAUGGUUGUUUGGAUUUAUCAAGGACCUGGCGGUGGAGUCCGUAGGAGAAGAGAGGAGAAGAGAGGAGGAGAGGGGGGGUGGGGCGGCUGCUGCACACAAAUACCAAAAUAGGAUAGAGCUGCCUGCAGACCGUCCUUCAGGAGCUAAAUUGAGGUUCAUGUGUUUUGGAGACGAGCGCUCAAAGAGAGGACACAGCUGAGUGUCAGUGUUGAACAACACCGGCCAUUCAUGGAUAUAGGAUGAGAGAUACCAUGUCAGUUAAAGAGAGCGAAAUCUACACGUACGACUUCUGUGAUGCUGACCACCCAGCAGAGCUCCUGGAUGCUCUCAGGCAUUUCUACAUUAGUGGCCUGUUUACAGACGUUUCUCUACAAUGCGGCGAGUCCGGACAGGUGUUCCGCUGCCACAAAGCGCUGCUGUCAGCCCGCAGCUCUUAUUUUAAAGUCAUGUUCACAGCUGAUAUGAGAGAGAGGUCAAACAGCGUCAUCAAACUGACCGGGGUCGACUGCGGGGUCCUGGGUGCGCUGGUGAACUAUGUGUACACAGCCCAGGUAUGCAUCACCGAGAGUAACGUGCAGAGCCUGCUGGAGGCCGCAGACCUCCUGCAGUUCAUCUCUGUCAAACAGGCAUGUGAAGACUUUCUCAUUCGCCUCCUGGAUGUGGACAACUGCCUGGGGAUGCACGCCUUUGCUCAGCUGCACCUCUGCCCCGGACUGGAGAGGGAGGCCCAGAGACUGAUGCUGAGCAGGUUCGCAGAGCUCACGCAGCAGGAGGAGUUCCUGGAGCUGGACCAUGAGAAGAUGAGGUUGGUGCUGGCCACCCAGAACCUCACCAUGCAGAGGGAUGAAGUACUGAUAGAUGCUGUAGCCAAAUGGGUAACCUACGACUUGGAUAAUCGUGUUGGCCAUGCUGCAGAGUUGCUGCACUCCACCCAUCUGGACCUGGAUGAGAUUUACUUCAAGGCUACUUUGGAGGUACACAGGCAAUGCUUGCUGAGCAAUGAGGGGAAAUUUAAAUCUAUGAUCAUUCAGGCUUUAAGGUCCAAUGGCAAGGAGAUGUCUGCAAAUAGAAAAAUGUCUUCCAGCAUGUAUAUAAUUGGUGGAUACUACUGGCAUCCUCUUUGUGAAGUUCACAUCUGGGAUCCUAUCAGCAACACAUGGGUGCAAGGAAAAGACAUGCCUGACCAUGCAAGAGAGAGUUACAGCGUCAGUUUACUUGGAGCAAAUAUCUAUGUGACUGGAGGUUACAGGACAAACACGGUUGAGGCCCUGGACGCAGUUUCGAUUUAUAACUGUGACUAUGACGAAUGGGUCGAGGGUUGCUCCAUGAUUACAGCAAGGUACUACCAUUGUUCUGUGGCUUUGCACGGCUGUAUUUACGCCAUUGGAGGCUACAGAGGAGGAGCUCCAGAGCGAGAGACUGAAUUUUACGAUCCUCUGAAAAAGAAAUGGUUUCCUGUGGCUAAAAUGAUCCAAGGUGUAGGAAAUGCCACUGCCUGUGUAAUGGGAGACAAAAUCUAUGUGACUGGAGGCCACUAUGGGUACAGAGGAAGCUGCACCUAUGAAAAAAUCCAGGUCUACAGGCCAGAUGUCAAUGAGUGGAGUAUCAUUACAAUAAGUCCCCAUCCAGAGUACGGGCUGUGUUCUGUGUCUCUCAACAACAAACUGUAUUUGGUCGGUGGACAGACGACUAUCGCAGACUGCUAUGACACAGAGAGAGACGAGUGGAGGCCAAUGUCUGUGAUGAAGGAGAGGAGGAUGGAGUGUGGGGCUGUGGUAAUAAAUGGAUGUAUUUAUGUAACAGGAGGAUACUCCUACUCAAAAGGGACUUACCUGCAGAGCAUUGAGAAGUAUGACCCUGAGCUGGACUCAUGGGAGAUAGUGGGGACUCUUCCCAGCCCUGCCAGAUCACAUGGAUGUGUUUGUGUUCACAGUGUUUAGUGUCAAACCCUUAUCACAUGUUUAUUUAUUGUCUUUUUGUGCCAAAUGGAUCAAAUGGUGAAGUGUAUUCUGUCGUGUGUGCAAAUGUCCAUCACACGAGAUGCCAAGUUAGCCCACUGUUUUGCACUAGAUAACUGCCUUUAGAGCUACACAUUUGCCAAACUGUGAAUAUACAGAAGAAGUAUGUAACUAUACCUCAGGGACUUCACAAUCAUCUUUUUAGUCAGCUUUUCUUGGGUAUUUCUGUUUUAAUUGAAUGAAAGAAAAGAAAGUGAAAGUGACUAUAUUUUAGUAUGAUCAAAGUCCACAUUAGAAACACACAGAAUCCAGCUAAGACCAAUGAUGUACUAGGACACUCCAAAGCAUCUUUUUUUUUAUUUUUAGUAAAGCUGUAUCUUCAGGCUGCUGCUGAUAAAUCCC